AUGUCCCCAAGGGCUGUCGGAGGGCGCAGGUGCAGCCAAAAGACACAAUGGGGUGAGAGGGGCUCUCAAGAGGGGAUGCAGCGUGGAACAUCCCCGGGGGGCAGUGUCCCCCUGUGGAACAUCCCCGGGUGGCAGUGUCCCCCUAUGGAACAUCCCCGGGUGGCAGUGUCCCCGUGUGGAACAUCCCCGGGGGGCAGUGUCCCCCUGUGGAACAUCCCCGGGGGGCAGUGUCCCCCUGUGGAUCAUCCCCGGGUGGCAGUGUCCCCCUGUGGAACAUCCCCGGGGGGCAGUGUCCCGGUGUGGAUCAUCCCCGGGUGGCAGUGUCCCCCUGUGGAACAUCCCCGGGGGGCAGUGUCCCGGUGUGGAUCAUCCCCGGGUGGCAGUGUCCCCCUGUGGAACAUCCCCGGGUGGCAAUGUCCCGGUGUGGAUCAUCCCCGGGUGGCAGUGUCCCCGUGUGGAUCAUCCCCGGGUGGCAGUGUCCCCCUGUGGAACAUCCCCGGGUGGCAGUGUCCCCGUGUGGAUCAUCCCCGGGUGGCAGUGUCCCCCUGUGGAUCAUCCCCGGGUGGCAAUGUCCCGGUGUGGAUCAUCCCCGGGUGGCAGUGUCCCGGUGUGGAUCAUCCCCGGGUGGCAGUGUCCCCGUGUGGAACAUCCCCGGGUGGCAAUGUCCCGGUGUGGAUCAUCCCCGGGUGGCAAUGUCCCGGUGUGGAUCAUCCCCGGGUGGCAGUGUCCCCGUGUGGAUCAUCCCCGGGUGGCAGUGUCCCCCUGUGGAACAUCCCCGGGUGGCAGUGUCCCGGUGUGGAUCAUCCCCGGGUGGCAAUGUCCCGGUGUGGAUCAUCCCCGGGUGGCAGUGUCCCCGUGUGGAUCAUCCCCGGGUGGCAGUGUCCCCCUGUGGAACAUCCCCGGGUGGCAGUGUCCCGGUGUGGAUCAUCCCCGGGUGGCAGUGUCCCCGUGUGGAUCAUCCCCGGGUGGCAGUGUCCCCCUGUGGAACAUCCCCGGGUGGCAGUGUCCCGGUGUGGAUCAUCCCCGGGUGGCAGUGUCCCCCUGUGGAACAUCCCCGGGUGGCAGUGUCCCGGUGUGGAUCAUCCCCGGGUGGCAGUGUCCCCGUGUGGAUCAUCCCCGGGUGGCAGUGUCCCGGUGUGGAUCAUCCCCGGGUGGCAGUGUCCCCGUGUGGAUCAUCCCCGGGUGGCAGUGUCCCCCUGUGGAACAUCCCCGGGUGGCAGUGUCCCCGUGUGGAUCAUCCCCGGGUGGCAGUGUCCCCCUGUGGAACAUCCCCGGGUGGCAGUGUCCCCGUGUGGAUCAUCCCCGGGUGGCAGUGUCCCCCUGUGGAACAUCCCCGGGUGGCAGUGUCCCCCUGUGUCCCCGCGGAGCGAGCCACGAGAGGGCACUGACACACAGCCCAAGUGA